CACUACAUUCAGAAACGGAAAACCCCACCCAAAUAAAAACCCUUAUCUUUAAAAUGUUUAUUAUCAACAGACGCUACCACCUGCAAUGAUCCAUUUUUCGGUAGACUCUCGUAAAUCUUAAUCUAAUCGACGGUAGAAUUGAUUGUAGCAUGUAGAUAGCGGAUUUCAUCAAAACAGUAGCUUUUCUGUGAUUCAGUUCUGCAACACCGGAGAUGAAAAUUACAGUGAUUUUAUUAUUUGCGGCUCUGUCCGCCGCCUUGGCUAUCGAAAGCAAACAAGCAAGGAUCAGCGGCGGGUCGGAUGCGGGUCCCAACGAGUUUCCUUUCACCGCGGCGAUUCUGAUCUCCGGAGAUGAAGCACACAGCUUCUGUGCUGGAAUUUUGGUAACUCCACGUCAUGUUUUGACCACCGCCAAUUGCGUGAUUCGCCAAACAAUGCUGACGGUUAUGCUGGGAUCAUCGGAUAUUACGCGUAUGAAUCAGUUCAUUCCUGUGACCAAUGUUCGGAUUCACUGGAACCACAGCGCAACUGUGAUCAGUCGUGCAGAUCUUGCGAUCUUGACCCUGGCUCGUAAUGCCAACAUAAACGAAUCUGUCACCGUUGCUCAACUGCCUCGAUGGUCCCACGUAGGAGAGUCAUUCAACGGUUUUGGAACCACUAUCGUUGGAUGGGGGAUGACAGGCCACCGAGAGGAUGAGACUAUUCCGUUGCAGAAUCUACAGCUCGUUCGGAACCCCGUCAUCAGUAAUUUUGUCUGCGGUUUAUCUCACAACUUCCUUCAGGAUGAACAUAUCUGCACAUCUGGUGACAAUGGUGGACCAUGUAACGGUGACGAAGGAGGCCCGGUGAUGAUCACGGAAAGUGGCGAACAAACGGUGAUUGCUAUCCACUCAUUCCACUUCACAGGAAUUGGAGGAUGCGGUCGUGGGCGAUCUUCGGUCCAUACCCGACUUACCGAUCACUUGGAUUGGUUGGUCGAGCACACUGGUGUCUACAUUCGACCUUGAAAAUGUCAUCGAUUAUUGUAAAAACGAUUAUGUCUGAUAAAAAAAAAACUACCACCUGUCUAGCAAAA